CAGAGCGCCGCGCGAGGGAGAGCGGGUGGCCCGAGGCUCCUGGGACUGGCGCCGGGCAGCCGGAGGCGGGACCGUUACCCACCUGCAGCCCGAGCGAGCCGAGCGGCGGGACAGGAAGUGCGCCCAAGCACCAUGAUCCCUUUGGAGAAGCCGGGCAGCGGCGGCCCUUCCUCCGCCGCCGCCUCAGGCUCGGGCCCGGCGGCCCCGGGUCCGAGCGCGCUGCGCGGUCCGCCGCCGCCCCAGGCCCGCGGGCUGCUGACGGAGAUCCGCGCCACGGUGCGCACCGAGCCCUUCCAGGACAGCUACAGUCUGAGCCCCGGCCGGGAGCUGGGCAGGGGGAAAUUUGCAGUGGUGAGGAAAUGUAUAAAGAAAGAAUCUGGAAAAGAAUUUGCAGCAAAGUUCAUGAGAAAAAGAAGAAAAGGCCAAGACUGUCAGAUGGAAAUAAUUCAUGAGAUAGCUGUACUUGAACUCGCACAGGAUAAUCCUUGGGUCAUUAAUUUGCAUGAAGUCUAUGAGACUCCAUCAGAAAUGAUCUUGGUUCUGGAAUAUGCUGCUGGAGGUGAAAUCUUUGACCAGUGUGUUGCAGACCGGGAAGAAGCCUUCAAAGAGAAAGAUGUUCAAAGACUCAUGAGGCAAAUAUUAGAAGGCGUUUGUUUUUUACAUGUUCAUGAUGUAGUUCAUCUUGAUUUGAAGCCCCAGAAUAUUUUGUUGACAAGUGGAUCACCAUUGGGUGACAUUAAGAUAGUUGAUUUUGGCCUUUCAAGAAUAAUGAAGAACAGUGAAGAGCUCAGAGAAAUUAUGGGAACUCCUGAAUAUGUGGCUCCUGAAAUUCUUAACUAUGAUCCUAUCAGCCUGGCAACAGAUAUGUGGAGCAUUGGAGUGCUAACAUAUGUCAUGCUAACAGGGCUAUCACCCUUCUUAGGCAAUAAUAAACAAGAAACAUUCUUGAAUAUCUCACAGAUGAAUUUAAGUUUUUCUGAGGAAGAAUUUGAUGUUGUGUCUGAGCCAGCUAUUGACUUCAUCAAGUCACUUUUAGUUAAGAAACCUGAAGAUCGAGCCACUGCUGAAGAAUGCCUAAAACAUCCCUGGUUAACACAGGUCUGUAUUCAGGAUCCUUCUUUCAUGGUGAAAGAUGCCCUAGAUGAAGCAAAUGCCCUCCAAGAAAGUGAUUCCGUGCCUGAAAUUAAUUCAGAUACCGAGAAAUCAGAAUCAGAGGAAUCAGUUGUAACAGAGGAGUUAAUUGUAGUUACUUCGUAUACUUUAGGACAAUGCCGACAGUCGGAAAAAGAGAAAACGGAGCAAAAGGCCAUUUCUAAACGAUUUAAAUUUGAGGAGCCUUUGCUACAAGAGAUUCCAGGAGAAUUUAUCUACUAAGCAGUAUUUCCCUUGGGAACUUUAAGAUUUCUACACUGAAACUGUUAAUAUUAUUUAUGGACUUGUGGCCAAAUGAUACAUGUGCUGAAAGUGGAUAACCAGGUAUCACUGAUAGAAACUAAAGUGACUGUUAAAUUUAGAGAAGUAGGUGAAUGAAGCCAGAUUUAUAAAGUUGCCAACCAGGCAGUUUAACAGGUAAAGUUACCGGUUUCAAUGUUAUUUUUAAGAAGGGGGUUAUUGCAUCUUUUAAUUCCAGAUCCUGUUUCUUCAGAAUGAGAAUUUGUGUGCAAAGAUGUUUGUAUUCAAUUUCUUUAAAAUCCAGUAAAAGUGCCAAAAUUACAUCUUUAUAAAUCUGUUUUGUAUUAUUCAUAUGUGUGUCUAUAUUUGCAUAUAUGUUUGUUGAUAUCUUUACUAAAAUUUAUACUUUGGGAUUUUUUUUGCAAGAUUUUAAUUUAAAUUGAAGUGUUCCUAGUUUUUGAAACCAAACCAUUAGAGUUUGAUAAUGUCUUAUUUUUGUAUUUUAUUACUGCUUUAUAUUGACUUUAUUUGGCUCCUUUUGUCUGUUUUUGCCUAACACUUGUAACCUAUCAGUGAAUAUCCCUGACAGUUUGUUUCCCUUCAGUGUCAUUAAUAAGAGAGAUGGUGAUUUUUCACCUUAGAUUAUUCUGGUUUUCAAGAUCAUGGUUAAGCAAUCCUGUAUUAACUAGUGUCAGUUUUUCAGCCAUUUCCCUCAUCACACCAUGCUCAUCUGCUCUUAUUCACAGGCGAUACCCCUGCCACCUCCUCACCCUUCUCCCUGUAUUUGUAACUUGAUUUGGGUUAUGUGCAGGUGCCAGUGUGAUCUGAUCCAUACUAUGGUUGCUUUGAUCAGUGAAAAGACCCUGUUAUAUUUUAUCCCCAAAUUAAUAAAAUACCUUAGAAUGGGAGAAAAGAUAUAAGGUAUAUUCAUUAUUGCCACGAAGCCUCUACUUUUGAGUUUCUUAUCAGUCCUCAAUCUGUUAGGAAAAAUCAUAAAAUACCAAAAUAUUUUUACACCUUUACUUCAUCCACAAAACCUUUGACAUUGGACACCUUGUCAUUAAAAAGUUACCUUGUCCCAAAACGACAGGAAUGUACUCAACAGAGUUUAAUUUGAUUAGGAUUGAACACUUGAAUUGUAUCUAGUUCCCAUAGUGAACGGUAAAUUCCUAUAAAAAAUGGAUAUGUAAAGUGUAUGAUGUAUAACUUAAAAUUAACUAAAAUCCUUCUCACCAAAAAAAGUCUGAGAGUGCUUCUUUAUCCUUUUUUAGGCUCAAGGUUCCCCAUACAUCGGUUACUACGUGUCCCCUCGGUACUGACCCUCCGCGCUGUAGGCUCUGUACUGUGAUACCAUGACCAACUUAGGCCUGUCCCCUCUUGGUCUGAUUAGCCUGUCCCAUGAUGCUUUCUUCCUAGUAUGAUUUCUCAAAUGUCAAAAUCAUGAUAAUGGCAGCUGAUGACCUCCUUGGAAGCGUGUGCAGUGUUCUGUGCUAGACACUUACACACACAGCCUGUAAUCCUUUCGGAGCCCUUAGAAUUGUUCAUGCACCCAUAGACCAGAUUGAUUAGUCAGCUCAAUCAGUUUGCACUCCCUUCUCACUGAAGUAGCUUUAUUUAUACAAGUUCUUAGAAACUAGCAUUUCUAAAAAGUUAUCAAAGGGAGAGGAAAUUCUGCUACAAUGGGAGUUUUCCAUGAAAAGCAAUGUUAACCCUGAUUUAAGUCUCUUGAAAGAGAUAAAACACAAUUUUAGGCAAAUUUUUAUAAAAUUUAUAAAUUUUCAUAAAUAGCUCCCUGACCAAAAGUAAAGGGAGAAAGAGGGGAAAAAAAAAAUACUCAGUAUUGAGUGGCAUUUUUGUACUCGAUGAAUUUGUCAGGUUUUAAAAUUGGAAUCAUUUGCACAGCAUGUAGACUUUUCCAAACCAGUUUAUAUUAUACUCAUAAUAAGUACAUUUAAUAUAAUUGUUGCAUUUGUAAAAAGACAGGUUUUCUUUCAGUGUGCUGUGUAUCGUUAACUGCUUUUGUACCUUAAAUUUCAAGUGGUACGGUGCUUUUUAAAGAAAUCCUUCAGAAUAUACUUGUAAAGGUAUAUUGAACUUUUUUUUUAUUUAUAUGCUAUAAACAGAAUGUAAACAGUCUUCACAAUGUUAGACCAAAUGAAGUCUUUGUAUUAAUGACUUGCCAGUUAGAACUAUGCUUAUUUAAAGCUGUUAAUGUUCAUUUUCAAUUUUUUAUCACCAAGUUUACAAAAGAGUAAAACUGUAUCUUUGAGUUUAUUCAAACAGCUUAUACCUCUAGUUUAAUCAUAAUAAAAUUCAACAUAAUAUUUUAGUGUGAUAAGAAUUUGUUUAUGGAAGAUGCAGAAAUUUUAAGUGGUUUUAAUAAUUUGGAAAAUUAUUUUUUAAUGUUUUGUUUUCACAUGAAAAGUAGGAGAAAAUCUUUCUCUAGGACUGAUGAUAAUUGUGAUAUCUUUUAAACAUUUCCAACCAAUCUCAGUUUGGAAGAAAAUUUUUUUGAGAAAAUGUUAUAAAGAUCGCUCAGAAAAUGUUAGACAAGAGAUGAAUUAAGAGUUCUCAGUAAUGUGAUGGGGGGGGGCUCAGACUAUUGGAGGCCUAAGCAUAUGUAGAAAUAAUAAAUAUUGAUCCAUAGACAGCAAUAUAGAUAAUUAUAAACAGGGAAAUCUGGUUAGCCAAAGUAUCAACAAACUAAUCCCAAAUAUAUUUUAAGCUCACUGUUGUAAAAAUCCAAAUUGAUCUGAUAAAAUUAAAAAUUAAACAGCCAGUAUAGUUGAAGAUCAUCUUCCAGUUAGUACCCUCAGUUUGUUACAGAAUUAGAAGAGCCAGAUUAAAAACGUUCAAUAGCCUCAGUCUCUAACUAGUGUUUUGUUCUGAUGGAAGGGCCCUCCAACCCCCCACAAGAGAUAUAAUUUACACAUAAUGAAAUGUACAGAUUUAAAUCAUAGUUUUGAUCAGGCUUGACAAAUGCAUACCCUCUUGUAACCCAUACUCCUAUAGUGACAGAAUAUUAUUUUAUCAGUCCAAAAAGUUCCCUCGUGCCCCUUGCCAUCCCCCUGCCCAAGCAAUCACAAAUUUGCUUUGUAUUGUUAUAGAUCAGUUUCCCUUUUCAAGUUUAUAUAAAUGGAAUCAUGUGACAUAUAAUUUUUUGUUUCCACCUUUUACUCAGCAUGAUGUUUUUGAAAUUCAUCCAUGUUGUUGCUUGUAUCAGUAGUUUGUUCCUUUUUAUUUCUAUUCAGUGUUCUGUUGUAUGAAUAGACCACGGUUGAUCAUUCUCCUAUUGAGGGACUCCUGGACCCUUACGAAUAAGCAGCUAUAAUGUUUUUGUACAGGGAUUUUUGUGGACAUGUUUUCAUUUCUCUUAAACAAAAUAACUAGCGGUAGAAUUACUAGGUCAUAGGCUAGAUGUAUAUUUAAUUUUUUAAGAAACUGCCAGUUUCCCAAACUGGUUGUACCGUUUUGCUUAACAUCCUUGCCAGCAUUUGGUGGUGUCCAUCUUUUUCAUUUUAGCUAUUCGGGUAUAUGAUGGUAUCUCAUGGUAGUUUUAAUUUUCAUUUCCCUGAUGAUUAAUAAGGACCACUUUCAUGUGCUUAUUGGACUAUUCAUAUAUUUGCCUUUGUGAUCUGUUCAAGUCUUUUGGCUUUUUUUUUUUAGUUGGAUAAUGAGUUGUAGGAGUUAUUUAUAUAUUCUGGAUUCAAGUCCUUUGUCAGAUUUAUGUGUUAUAAAUAUUUUUCUCCCACACUGUCACUCAUCUACUUAUUUUCUCAGCAAUGUCUUUUGAUGAGCAGGUUUUAAUUUUGAGGAAGUCCAAUUUAUCAAUUUGUAUUUUAUGGUUAAUGUUUUCUUUGUCCUCUGUAAGAAGUCUUUACCCUUCUCUAAGGUCAUGAAGAUAUUGUCUUAUUUUUUUAUAAGCUUCAUAAAAGUUUUAGCUUUUAAGUUUAGGUUUGUGAUGAAUUAUUUUAUUGGUAUGGUGUGAAGUACGGGUCAAGUAUCUUUGUUUCCUUUAUUAUUGUUCAGUGUUUCAGCACCAGUUGUCAAAAAAGAUUUACCUUUCCCCAUUGAAUUAUUUUGGUGCCCUUUUUUAAAAUCCUGUGACCAUGUAUCUAUUUGUGGAUCUAAUUCUGGACUGUAUUCUGCUCCAUUAAUCUAUCUGUUUAUCCUUUUGUCAAUACUUUAUAAGUCUUCAUGUCAGGUAAAAUAGGCCUUCCAUUUUUUUUUUCAUUUUCAAGAUUGUUUUGCUUAUAAUUCUAGGUCCUUUCCAAAUAAAUUUUAGAAUCAGCUUGUCAAUUUCUGCCAAAACUACCCAAAGAAAAGCUGUCUUGGAUUUUGAUUGGGAUUGCCUUGAAUCUGUAGAUCAAUUUGACAAUUUAACAGUAUUGAGUGUUUCAGUACAUAAAGGUGGUAUGCCUUUCCAUUUAUUAAAAUAUGUGUUAGCACUAAAUAAUUUAACUUGUACAGUCAGUUUUUUUGAACACCGUAAGUACAUAGAGCUUUGAAUGGGAAGUGACAUCUGGUGGGUUUGUACAGGUUGGAGUGAAAUUCCGAUACAUCCCAAAGUGAUUUGGGCAGAAAAUAAAAAUGUAUUUGUGGGGCCCCCCUGAGGAACUGGGGAAAAUGUGGAAAUGUUGGACUUCCCCACCUGGGUUAUUACUGAUAUUCUCACCAACAUUGAGGACUACGAAUUUACUUGGCCAAGUCUGCGAUCUGGGGGCUUUCCCUUAUGAGACUUGUUGCUGCAAGGGAGAGGCUAAGCCUACUUAUAAUUGUGCCUAGGAGUCUCCCCCAGAGAACCUCCCUGUUGCUCAGAUGUGGCCUGUCUCU